AUGGCGAAGGGCGGCAUUGCCACGGUCCUCACCGUCCUGGCCGCGGCCACGCUGCCCCGGCUGGAGCACCCAGCCAAGAACGACGGGUCGCUGAGCCUGCUCGUCGUCAGGGACUGGGGCCGCAAGGGGGAGUGCAACCCGUUCCGCAUCGCCCAGCAGAUGGGAAGGGUCGGGGAGAAGCUCGACAUCGACUACGUGGUAUCCACCGGGGUCAACUUCUACAACACCGGGCAGAUGGGAAGGGUCGGGGAUGACGACGCGUUUGAGCAAUCCUUCACGGACAUCUACAGGGCGAACAGCUUACAGAAGCCGUGGCACCUAGUUCUGGGAAAUCAUGACUACAAGGGUGACGCACUAGCUCAGUUUAGUCCAGCCCUGCGGAAGAUCGACAGCUGGUUUAAUUUGCAUGAGAUCAUUCAUCGUGAAUGCUGGUGCAAAUUUACUUGUGAUAGGACUGGUUUGGAUACAUGGUCGUUUCAGCAUUAG